AUGAUAAGAAAGUUGUCUGGAGCUGCCAAUGCGCUGUUCCCUUGCUUGAUAACCAACUUGAUACUGCUGUGUCCCGGCACAUCUAAGAACAGUGCAAGAUUUCUUUCUGGAUUGACUCAAAGUCAGGUUUUUACGCACCGACUGAAGAAUUACACGUUCAUCAUGACUGAAUCGGUCAGUGGAAGGACAACUUGUCACCUUGCAAAAACUAUGUCGGAGUGGUCAUUUUCCCCCAGCACGCUCUUAAGUUUGCCACUGGACGAGACGGAGGAAAACUACGUCAGAGGAUAUGUGCGCAAUGCUGUUUUUUCAAAGGUCAUGCCGACGCCCCUGGAGAAAAAUCUCCAGCUUGUUGGUACCUCCGAGGACGCCCUGGUCAAGAUCCUUGACAUGGACCCCUCUAUUGCUGAAACAGCAGAAUUCGUACAGUUUGUUGCUGGGAACAAAAUUCUGCCUUCCUGCACUCCCUUGGCCCACCGCUACGGAGGUCAUCAGUUCGGGGUUUGGGCCUCGCAGCUUGGAGAUGGUCGAGCCAUCCUUCUCGGGGAAUAUAUCAACAAACGAGGCGAGCGAUGGGAGUUGCAACUCAAAGGGUCUGGGCUUACUCCUUAUUCCAGGGGCGCCGAUGGUAGAGCAGUCUUGAGAUCUUCCAUCCGAGAAUUUUUAGCUGCUGAGGCUAUGUAUUAUUUAGGCGUACCCACAUCCAGGGUGGCUGCAUUGAUAACCAGUGACGAAGGUGUAAUUCGGGACCCUCUGUACGAUGGACGCCCGAUAAUGGAAAAGGCCUCCGUGGUGCUAAGGUUGGCCCCCUCCUGGUUCAGAAUCGGAUCGCUUGAAUUACCAACAAAGUUAGGAGAGGUUUCUACCCUGCGAACCCUGCUUCAGUUCAUCAUCAAAACCUCUUUUCCGGACUUGUGGAGUUCUGCGGAAGAAAAUCUGGCCAAAGCGUCAGUUUCAUUUGGGCUCAAAGUAGCGGAACUCUCCUAUGAGAUGUGGGUCCAUUGGCAACGAGUUGGAUUUGUUCAUGGCGUUAUGAAUUCAGACAACAUCAGCCUGCUUGGGGUUACAAUCGACUACGGGCCUUUCGGAUUCAUGUCAGAGUUCAACCGCAGAUAUGUUCCAAACACGUCUGACACUGAAGCUCGGUACUGCUACCAACAGCAGAUCAGUGCUUUGGAUUUCGACUUGGUAAAGCUCCGCGAGAGUUUAGGAUUUGUGAUAAUGAGCGACCAUGAACUUGCUGCUGAAAUGAAGGCUAGUUUGAUUCGUGAAAUGGCUGAGGGAUUCAAGAUCCUUAGAAGAAAAGCUGAGGUGGACCUGAAACUUGCGUUUCUAAAGAAGCUGGGCUUGUCAAAUGAAGUCCAUUAUGACGUUGUUGAGCAACUUUUAUUAAUAAUGGAAGAGUCCAAAGCAGAUUUUACCGCAACAUUCCGUGAUUUGUCAGAGGUUGACAUUUACAAAGUAGAAGAGGUUGAAGACAAGUUUUGGGCUUUGCUAGAGACAAAACGGCACAAACACUUUGACGCGUUUUUACAAAAAUACAAAGACGCUCUGCAGGCAGAGGAAGUGGAUGAGGCACGGAGACAAAGUGUGAUGCAGAGCGUAAAUCCGUGUUAUGUGUUAAAAAACUGGAUGGCGCAAGAGGCUAUUGCAGAGGCGGAAAAAGGGAAUUUCGAGAAAGUCCGAUUAAUCGAGCGGAUUUUGCAAAAGCCGUACGAGCGCCAGGCAGAGGCUGAGAAACUUCAAUUUGGGAGCAAAGUGCCGAAUUGGGAAAAAAGAUUAAUGGUUAGCUGUUCUAGCUAGCUAUUGAUCAGUCUCUUCAUUAUGAGAAAUAAAGCAUUAUCUUAUUUGAA